AUGACCACACAACCAAGGACCUCUAACAAUGAACCAGAUCAUGUCAAGGCGGGGAGGGACCAGAGUCCUUUUCUGGAGGGAGACGUGUCUCGGCCCACAAACUCUGGGGUGAUGAGCAGCAACAAGGUUGUGGUGAGUGGAGUGCGGAGGCUGAGCACCAUCUCUGAGCACGACCCAGACAAGGUAGAUACUGACCUCAGCUCUCAGGAUCCCAUGGGAGGCCGGGAGUGGGGCGGAUCCAGUUUCUCACUGUGUUCCAACAAGCACAUCAACAACAGUAGCGAUCACUUCUCCUCCUUCGAAUCCCAUCAGCCUGACGCCGGGGAUGAUUGUGCUGCCAUUCUGCUGGCCUGCCUCUACUGCCGGUUCUAUGACAUCGUAGUCAUGGUGCCAGACACAUGUGAGAGAGCUGUAAGCCGCUGUUUCCCCUCGUUCAAAUACAUCAAUGCGUCCAGGGAGCAGGAGCGGGCCAGUGGCUGGUGCAACUGCAGUGUAGAACUGGACUGCAGCUGCUGCAACUCCUGUCAAGAGGGAGCCGAGUUACUGGAACUCGCCAUGGAGAUCUCUGAAGUCUGCUACCGAUGAAAAGAUCCCCUCAAUCAAAUUACUCCUUUUGAUAUGAAGGCCUAAAAGGACUAAACAUGCACCUUGUCAAUGUUUGUUCUAUCAAAAUAUCAAUAACUAGAGAUGUCCCAUUUCUUAGUUUCAGAGGGAACAUGAAUAUGUUUACAAAGAUGGACACUGUGGCUAAAGAGAGUGUUAACUGAGGUAUAGAGUGCUUAAUAAUGAUCCCCCUAUUGAGCCCCAUUAAA